GGAAAUGUCAUUUGUUGACAUAUAAAACAUAUUUUUUUACACUUUCCAAUAAUGUAGUAUUGUUUUUGUAGUAUUUUGAAGAAAUACAAUUGUAUAUAGAAAAUUUUUCGCAUCAAAUAAUGUCUAACAAAGAUUAUUAUGAGCGUUGGCUUAAACUUAAAGAAGAAUUAAAACAGGUCAUUUUCGAAGAUGGCCGUGUAAAUGAUCUAGCAUUGCAUGAACUCGGAAUCAAACCACAAGCCACUGCCGUUGAAAUAGUGGCCAGAGUGUAUUCUAAAUAUUGUCAAAUAUACAACAAUCUUUGUGACUGUUACGAUCAAAUGGAACAAGUACAAAGGCGCCCAUAUAUAAAGUCAAUUAUAGAUGCUGUUACAUGCCGUAUUCUAGAGCUGAAGACAACCCUAGAAGAAAUUGAGGUCUUUGAAUUCACCUAUCCAGAGAAUGCUCUCCAACAAUUAUUAAUGAUACCCCAAGAUGCACAAAUACUGUGUCCAUUUUUUUACCCUUUCGAAAUAAGACAAGAAGAAAUGCAAUACAUUAUCGAUCAGAUCAUGGCUGGAAAUCGUAUUGGUGAUCCAGAACCUACACCUUCAGAACUCGAACGUCAAGAAGAAGAAAGACAUGAAGAAGAAAAAAGAAAACAAGAGGAAAAGGAAGCGGAGAUAAAAAGGAAAUUAGCAUUGGGUGAGGAUAUAGAACAAUCCCUGCAAGUUGACAUUUUAUCACCUGCUGAAUUAGAAGCUUUAAGACUGAAGAUGGAAUACGAAGAACAUGUUAAUAAUAUACAACGCAUGGAGAGAUCCCGGAAAACAUGGAGAGAAAAAAUACAUAAAAUGAACAACGAUGCAAACUUAUACAUUGAAUUAGCGGGCUUGAAAAAGCCACCAGCACGAGAGAAAAUCAAAAUCAAGGCCGCUGAGUUAAUUCAGUUAGUGUAUAGAAAGUUUAUGGUAUACAAGAGAGAACACGUCCGAGAAAAUAACUUGAGAGUGAAACUAGGAAUGGUUAUGCCCUCCUUAAAACAAACACCAGUAAAAAUCAAACUAGAAGAAGUCAAAGAGCAACGUCGAGAAUUCCGGCGCAAGUACCACCAAAAAUGGUUAGAAGAAAAUAUGAAAGAAAAUACUCGUGUUUUGAGAUUGCGAGAAGGUGACAUUAUGGAAGAUAUAACAGCUGAAAUAAAACAGUGGUUUGAAGAGUGGUACAAUGCAGUAAGAGUUUUUGACGAAUUCCCUUGGCCAGAAGAAGGAGGUUCUGUUUUAAUAGUGAGUGGGCACACAUUUACUAUAGAAGAAUACAUUGAUUGGCGUACUGCUGAAGAAAAAAGGCUGAAAGCUGAGGCUAAUGCACCAAAAAGCAAAGAUCAGAUAAAAGCAGAAAAAGCAGCUGCAAAAGAAGAGAAAAAACGUUUAGCAUUUGAAGCUAAAGAAAAACAUAAGAAACAAUUAGAAGAUUAUAGAAAGUCACGUCUUAAUCCUGAUAAUGAUCCUGGUAUUUACAUAACUAUCGGGAAAAUGCUUGAACCAGUGCAGGAUGCAUGGGACGUAUAUCAAAGUCAGUGGAAGCAAUAUGAUUACGAUAAUGCACCGUUGAAUGCAUUAAAGGGUUUUAUAAAGGAAAUAAUAACAGAAAAUGCUUACCAAGAUGUUCAAUUUGAACUGAGAAAAAUUGUGGACGAGACUAUGAGGUUAGAAUUGAAUUUGUUAAGAAACGCAUUAAAAUUGGAUCUCGCUCAGGCUGGUGUUGCUAAACCUCCAUUAAUAAAAAAAAGAAAGAAACCAAAAAAGGUCAAACCUCCUAAGCCAGACAAAGUAAGUCCAGCUCAAAUGUUUCAAACUUUAGUUGAUGAAGGCAUAGUUCGAAAAUAUCCUCACACGACUCUCGAUGAAUAUUGGGGUGACCUAAAUUAUGCGGCUGCUGAUAUGCGAGCUGUAAUGUGGACACCAUCUUUUCCGCCUCCAUGUAUUGGUGAUGUCAGGGAGCAGGUGAGGACUCGCUGCUUACUUACACUCGGUUGCGACUGUCCCGAUGCUACUAGGACUCAAUUAAUUGUUGGACCUAAGUCAUCUGGUAAGAGGACAUUAAUUUAUGCUAUAGCGACCGAAACGAAUUCGAUUCUUAUAGACCUGUCGCCAUUCCACGUCUACAACAAAUUUCCUGGUCCAAAAAACAUGAAAUUAAUGUUCAACUACGUCACUAAAAUAAGUAAACUCAUGCAACCAACAGUGAUAAUGAUCGACAAUGCCGAUAAACUGUUUUACAAGAAAGUACCGAAAGAAGAGAAAAUGUUUGAUCCGACAAGAUUAUCGAAAGACAUAUACAAGGAAAUCAUCAAACCGAUUGAAUUCCACGAUAAGAUAUUAGUCUUAGGAACAGCCUCGGAGCCCUGGUUAGCUAAAAGCGCUACCAUGUACAAGGUGUUUCCGUCCCUUAUACUCAUACCUAGGACAGAUUACGGGAGCUUGACAUAUGUUCUGUCAAAGAUAUUGAUGAAAUAUCAUGGAGUGCAACGUGACUUUAAUGUACACAGUGCUGCUCAAGUUUUGAGAGGGUAUAACAUCAGCGCAGUGAGGAAAGCAACGGAAAAGUUGUUGGAUGGCAAAAGAGUGGCUGCUCUGUACCAUAAGCCGUUGAAUCCGGUGGAGAUAAUUGAAGCUGUCGUGGAAUGCAACUCAACUGUCUACACUGGGACGGAGGAUUACGAGCUGUUCAACGAAUGGUACUACUCAUAUUCUCCGUGGGGUAAGAAGUAUUUAGACUACAUGAUUAUGCUUGAAUCACAAUUGGCUUACAAACUGAAAGCAGACAAAAAGAAAAAGAAUCCUUGAUAAUAACAAUUGUUUACGGAUACUUGGCGAUGAUUUUUUUCUUAUAAUGUAUCAUGUCAUUAUGUUCAAAGAUGUAGAGCAAGUUACGAGAUAUCAUUAAAAUUUAUGGUAUAUUUUC